AUGGCGCCCUAUACCAAACCUGAGACCGUGCUUAGGCGCUCCGAGGAGCUCCUCUCGGUCAACCAACCCAUGUCCGCCUUGGCAUCGAUCUCUGAAAUCUUCUCCUCCAAGCGAUUCAGACAAACACCCCUCUCCUCACUCGAACCGAUCAUGUUACGAUUCAUCGAUCUCUGUGUCCUCCUCAGAAAGACUCGGAACGUCAAGGAGGGCCUACACAUGUACAAGAAUGUAGCCCAAAAUACUAGCGUCAGUAGUGUCGAAAUGGUCGUCCAGCACUUCAUCACCAAAUCCAAGGAGAAGUUGGACGAAGCCUUGGCUAGGGUGGAUGAGAUCGAAGGGCCACUCGUCGCCGAAGGGAGCUGA